GUUCAAGAUGGCAGCGCUGUGUUGAGUUAUGAUCAAAAUCUCAUAAACGGACCGCAUUUUCACCAUGUUUUAUUUUCAUCGAUGAGACACCGGACGUGACCGAGGUAACAAUCUACAAGUCCAGUCCAUGAGGAACAUCGAAGAUGAACUCCACAUUACCGCGCGUCAAGAUCAAGUGCUCGUGCGUGCCUGCAUCGUAUUGCGAUGCGGGGCAAGACUACUGUGAAACCGCCAUGAUGUGUUUCUCCUCGCUGGGGAAGGAACAGGAUGGCUACGAGUAUGCAAGGAAAGGAUGCCUAGAGAGUUACGAACGGUCCAAAAUGACGUGCGAAGCCAUCUACGAUGACAAGGUGACCGUCGAAUGUUGUAAGACGGAGUUCUGUAAUAAAAAUAUGACGCCAACGUACGCCCCUCUCCCGACAGAUGGCAUGAUGCACACGGGCGCCCCCUACAAUGGCCUCCAGCUCGCCAUGGUCAUCUGUAUCCCCAUCAUGAUUCUCAUCAUCCUCGUCGUCGUGACGAUAUUCCUGUGUCGCAUGAUCUUCCGGCGGCGUAUGGAACAGUUGAAGGCGCGGGAGAAGAAUCUGGCGGGCGGCGGGGAGUAUAGCAGUGAUAUUCAGGCGACGUUAGUCGGUGACAGUACACUUCAGGACCUUUUUGACCAUUCGUGUACGUCGGGCAGCGGGUCUGGCCUCCCGUUCCUGGUGCAACGAACUGUGGCCAGACAAGUCACUUUAAGUGAAUGCAUUGGGAAAGGUCGCUACGGUGAAGUAUGGAGGGGCUUGUAUCAAGGGGAGAAUGUCGCAGUCAAGAUCUUCUCAUCACGCGACGAGGCAUCAUGGGCACGAGAGAGCGAGAUCUACAACACGGUGUUAUUACGUCAUGAAAAUAUUCUGGGAUUUUUAGCCAGCGACACAACCAGUCGAAACUCGUGUACGCAACUUUGGCUUAUCACGCACUUCCACGAGUACGGGUCUCUGUACGACUUCUUAAAUCGUACAGUCCUCGAUCACCAUGUCAUGUUAAGACUCUGCCACACCGCGGCGUCCGGUUUAGUCCACUUGCAUACAGAGAUAUUCGGCACGCAGGGCAAACCGGCGAUUGCGCACAGAGACGUGAAAUCCAAAAACAUUUUAGUCAAACGCAACGGCACGUGUUGUAUUGCUGAUUUAGGACUAGCUGUGAUGCAUUCUCAACGGACCAAUCAGAUUAACUUGGGUUCCAAUACGAAAGUCGGAACGAAACGUUACAUGGCCCCGGAGGUUCUCGACGAGACUUUGAACGUGGAUUCGUUCGAUUCUUUCAAAUGUGUAGACGUUUAUGCAUAUGGAUUGGUUCUGUGGGAGGUCGCUAGGAGGUGCAUGACCAGUGGCGGUAUCGCUGAGGAAUAUAAGCCGCCGUUUUAUGACGUUGUUUCGAACGAUCCGAGUUUUGAGGAUAUGCGAAAGGUGGUGGGCGUCGAUCAGGCGCGACCGAGUCUUCCGAACAGAUGGUCAUGUGACCCGACUCUGACCCAGAUGGGUAAGCUUAUGAGGGAGUGUUGGUAUCAGAACUCCAUGGCACGUCUCACGAUGCUGCGCGUCAAGAAGACGCUCGCGAAGAUGGAAGAAAAGCUAGAGAAGAUAGAGAACAAAGGAAAAGAAAUUACACUGGUAUGAUGGAAAAAAGUGGUGCCACCUGUUAAAAUUUCUACAAAACACUUACACUGAUAAGACUUUAUCGUCUGAUUCUGUGGUGAUUGUCUGGAGCUAGCAGACGAUUCUCCUCACUUGAAAUGUCUGGCUGAUGGCUGUGGUGACAGAGGAGCUAGGAGCUCUCUCGGAUUGAAA